AUGUACAAAGACGGAAGUCUGCAGCUGCCUCACUGGCAUGAUUGCACCGCCUUGUUUCGUGGUGGCGUAGUACUAGCGCAGCAAUGCGUAGUCCUAUGGCCUGCCGUCGUUGAUGACAGCGCAUCUAUGACCCAGCAGGUAGCAGCCGUUGUCAACGUCCUCAUCAUCGUGGGGAAGGACGACAUACCCAUCUACGAGGCGGACCUCAGCACGGAGGGAAUCCGCGAGGACAGUCCGCACUUGGACCAGUUCGUGGUGCAUGCAGCUUUAGAUUUGGUGGAUGAGAUGGUUUGGAGCACAUCUUCCAUGUUUCUCCGUGUGGUGGACAAGUUUAACGACUUCCACGUCUCAGCCUACUGCACCGCAGGGCACGUGCGGAUGAUGUUGCUUCACAAGCACAGAAACGAGGAGGCGAUUCGGGCCUUCUUCGCGGAGGUCCACGACCUCUUCAUCAAAGCGAUGUUGAGCCCGUUUCAGACCCCCUCCACUCCGAUCGAGUCUCCGACGUUCGAUGCCAAGGUGCGUGCCGCCGGCCAGAGGCACUUUCGUGCAUGA